CGUCAUUUUGGGCUGCAUGCUAACAGAGAUCAUACGCUUGCGAUGAAACAAAAGCACAGCUCCCGCUUGACCAACUUCUUUUCGCUCGACGUUACAGCAUUUGGAGUCGGACGGCCUCCCAACCGGCCGCCGGCGGCGGCUUCCGACGUCGACGUCCGCGAAGAAUACGCCAACGCCUUCAGAACCGAGUCCUACCUCGAGUUCUGGACCCGUGUCUUCACAGUCUCCGACGGCGGCGGCGGACCCGUCGACUCCACCUCCACCGCCGCUGCUCGGCUUUCUUCCUACAGGCUUUUCGUCGAACACCUGUUGGACCCGGACCAGCCCACGGUCACUCGGGUCCUGACCUCGGCCCAAAUCCCCUCCUCGGCCCAAUCACUCCUGGCCCAAUUCUUCGCCGAGACGGCCGAUGCCUCACGCGCUUGCGGGGCGCUGCUCAAGGACAUCAACCGGGUGCGAACCGGGAUUCGGACCCUGAGAUCCGCUCUCAAUCAGACCGGUUCCACCGCCCCGCCCGAGAAGCAGUUCCGGGCGAUGCUGACCCAACUGACCGAAUUCGUCGGCUCCGAAAACCCUUUCGACCGGUCCGCCCCGUCCUCGACCCGGGUCCGGACCGCUCGGGCCAACUGUUCAGCGCUUCUCAAGCCGAUCGAGUCGGUUCGCGACAGGGCUCAAGCCAGCCUGCAGCUUCGAUCCAGGCUGAAGCACGGCUCGGCCAUGUUCCUCGUGGCUCUCACGGCUUCGCUGACGGUCAUAGUGGCCACCCACGCGCUCGCUCUGCUCGUGGCCGCUCCGAGCCUCAUGGUCGCCACCGCCUCGAUCGAGCUGGUCUCGACCGGGAAGCUCGACAAGGUGGCGUCCCAGCUGGACGUGGCCGCGAAGGGGACGUACAUAGUAAGCCGGGAUCUGGAGACCAUAUGCCAGCUCGUCGCCCGUCUGAGCGACGAGCUGGAGCACAUGCACGGGACGGUGGAGUUCUGGCUCGAGCGAGGAGGAGAGACCUGGGUUCGAGCCGCCAAGGGGGAGGUGUGGCGGGAGCUCAAGAAGAGCGAGUGUGGCUUCAGCCAGCAGCUUGAUGAGCUAGAGGAGCAUUUGUAUUUGUGCUUCAUGACUAUUAACCGAGCUAGAAACCUUGUUGUGAAGGAGAUUUUGGGUCCGGUUCAACCCAACCGAUCAUCAGCACCGAACAUUCUAACAAAGUAG